CACUCGCGGGUUAUGAGUCCAUGCUAUCCUAUAAAGAGCCAUUGGCCAACAACAACAGGCCGAGUCUGAGUCUCCGGUUUGUGUCCGAUUCCUAACAAGGUCAGGCUUCAACACAAUGGCAAUAUCGACUGCAGCGUGGAGUGCACCAAUUUGGAUGACAAGUACCACCCCGAAUGCCGGGCAAGUCCCGAGAAAUUUUUCUUCCGGCCUUCGUCCAAGCUUGACUCUCGGGGCUCGACUCAGCGAUCUGCUGCUUUCUCGAAGCACAUGUAGAAAUAAAACUCUGGGUGAUAAUGUGGGUGCGGUCCACACGACAAAUGAUUCUGCAUCCAGAGUCCCGAAGUGGAGGAACUAUGCACAUCGAAUCCACAGCUCCGCAACUGAGGUCAAGGAACUCGAGACAACGGAUAAUAAAUCAUCAGCCAACUCCUCUACUGCAAGGCCGAACGAUACGCACAUGCAAGCGUGGAUUGAAGAGAUCCGAGGUUUACUUCGAUCCAUGUUUGAGAAAGGUGAGACAUCAGAUUCACCAUACGACACCGCGUGGGUAUCCCUCAUACCAGCUGUGGAUGGAAGUCAAGGUCCUCAAUUUCCAAAUACUCUAAAAUGGAUUGCAAGGAACCAGCUGGAGGACGGCUCUUGGGGAGAUGUCGACUUCUUCUCCAUUCAAAACAAUGUGCUAUGCACAUUAAUGUGCAUCAUCGCCUUGAAAUCGUGGAAUACUGGGCUCGACUCCGUGGAGAAAGGUUUAAGAUUUCUGAGGAAGAGCAUGGCACUGUUGGAAGACGAAACACACGAAAAGCUCGUUGGAUUCGAGCUUGUUUUUCCAUCGAUUCUGGACCAUGCAAAGAACCUGGAUCUGGACCUUCCGUACAAUCUCCCCGUCAUCGAUAAAUUGAGAGCUGCAAGGGAGGAAAAGCUCCGCAAAAUACCCCUUCAUCUGAUCUACACAACCCCAACAUCAGUCACGUACUCUCUUGAAGGAAUUCGUGAUGUUGUCGACUGGGAGCAAAUUUCGCAGCAGCAGCAGCAAACGGAUGGAAGCUUUGGUUGCUCUCCGGCGGCUACUGCUUGUGCUUACCUGCACACGGGCAAUGAAAGUUGUUUCCGCUAUCUGACGUCGAUACCGCAACUAUGUGACGGAGCAGAUUGUUUCCAACAUUUCAGAGACUCCGGAGAGUGGUGCACGUAUCCAGGCGAGAUAAACCGAGGUGUUUCAAGUACUUUCAAUUUCUACAGAGCGGCGCAAACUUGCUUCCCGGAGGAAUGUCUACUGAUGGAGGGGGCUGAAUGGGCGAGGCGAUUUCUGUUGGAUAAGCACACGCAGAAUCUUUGCAGAGACAAGUGGGUCAUCUCGAAGGGUCUUCAUGCGGAAGUUGGCUCGGCACUUUCAAAUCCUUGGUACGAACAUCUUCCCCGCUUGGAACACAGAUCGUAUCUCGACCAAUACGGACCACAGCAUGUAUGGAUUUCCAAGGUCUUGUACAGAAUGCACAGCUUUACCAACAGCGUCUUUCUGAAAUUAGCCAAAGCGGAUUUCAACUUGUGCCAAUCAAAACAUCAAGAAGAGUUGCAGGUUCUGCUAAGAUGGAAUGAAGAACGAGGCUUCAACAGCAUAAGAACUCGAGAGAAGCAGAUGGUCUACUGCUUUUAUGUGGCGGUGUGUAUUCUUCCGGCACCAGAACAGUCCAUGGCCAGAACAGUGUGGGCAAAGCUCGCCAUGCUCAACGUUCUGAUUGAUGAUUUUUUUGACUCUCCGAGCGAGUCCUACACCGACAAGGUCCAGUUUCUGGAAGCAUUCAGAUCAAGGAAUCCGAAUUUGAUGGACGGCACGGGCGGCGAAGCAAAGCUUUUCUUCGAGUCAAUUUACAACACCAUCACCGAGAUCGCAGCAGAAGGAAGCUUAUUCCAAGGUCGGGAUAUAAGUCACCAUGUUUACAACAUCUGGUUAAGGCUCGUGGAGAACCAAUUCAAAGAAGCAGAGUGGAAACACUUGAACUACGAGCCUUCGUUGGAGGAGUACAUGAGCGUCUCAGAAGUUGGAAUCUCGUUCGAGGCCAUGACACCAACUCAGUUUUUCAUGGGGGAGAAGAUUAGUCCCGCGAUGGUUGACAGUCCGCACACCAAACGCCUGAUGCACCUGGCCAAUGUGGUUGCGAGACUCAGUAACGACAUUCGAACUUAUCAGCGAGAAGAAUCAGAGAACAAACCGAACUGGGUGUCCAUCUCAAAACGCAAUGGGCUGACAGAAUCAGAAAUCAUCGAAGAAGCUCGUAAGGUGAUGGACGAGCAUAUGAAACAGCUGGUGAAGGAGACUUACAGCCCAUCCAAGAGUCACCCGCUGCUUCCCAGAUCGGCGAGGCAGUUGUACUUCGAUACGGUCAGAGCGAUCCGUUUUGCUUACCGGACGGGAGAUGCCCUCGCACCACACAUGCUGGACACCAAACAGUCCAUUGAUUCCAUCUUAUUUGAACCCGUGCUCCUGUGACCAUGGCUUCCGAUAAAAUUACGAAUCCAAGUCCAAGUUCCAUUCAUAUAUUCCAAAGAGCAGUCUGAAGUUUGACCUUGUAAAAAAGUGAUGUUUCACAUUGUCAAGUCACCCUUGGAAAGAAAUAUGGGGAAUACAAGGAACAUCUACCAUUGUGAACAAAGAAAGAGAAGUCGAGGACGAUUCAUUGGUGAUUGUCCAUGACAUCUUCUUUCAGAUCAGACUAUAAAUCCAAGUUACAUUAGAAGUAUAGAAUAUAAUGUAUAUCAUAUUGGAUAAAUUAUGUAAUAUAAGCUCAGAUAUUAAAUGUUC